CACUGGCCUCAGAGUGUGGGAAAGCUAAUCCUGCCUGGGACUCAUGGCUUUGUAAUGCUAAUGUGGGCCUAUAAAUAGAGGAGAGGGCUCCUCAGCCACAUCACAGCUCGCUCUGCUCUCCCACAGAAGCUCUGCUCUCCACCAGAAUGGCUCCAACCAACACCAACAGAGACUCUCCCGUCUCCAUGCUCUCCACCAAAGACAGACACAAAAUGAGGAAACCAGCUGUGGAGAAGAUGCGCAGAGAUCGCAUCAACAGCUGCAUCGAGCAGCUCAAGGUCCUGCUGGAGAAGGAGUUCCACAAACAGGAUCCCAACGCCAAGCUGGAGAAGGCCGACGUCCUGGAGAUGACGGUGGUGUUCCUGAAGCAGCAGCUGCAGCCUCAGAGCCCGGCCGCUCGCUCGGCUCACGGCGACGGCUACUCCCACUGCUGGAAGGAGACGCUGCACUUCCUGUCCGCCAGCUCCCUGAAGGAAGUGACGCUGCCGCACCUCCGGUACCUCCACAGAGCCGGGCAGGACGCCGGGCCCACGCCGGCCCUCUCCUCCCACAGCCACAUCCGGGCUGCGGGGAAGCAGCUGCCCAGCUCUGACAGAGCCGUGUGGAGGCCGUGGUAGAAGCUGCGCUCACUCUGGACCACACCGAUGGAUGUUCACCAUCAGGGAGCCUGUAGGAGACUGACCUCCGCCUCAUUUAUUCAACGGAUCUUUCCCUGUUUAUUGUCUUAUCAUUUUUAUACUGUCUCAAAGAAAGAGUGGAAAUGACUUUUAGGUUUCUUCAUAUUGAAGAAAGUGUUUUCCUGUUGUUGGCAGCGGUUCAGUUUGAAGCACUUUGACUUCACGAAUCCUCCGUUUGCUCAGAGGAUUGUUUGUAGAGACGUUGUCUUGAUGUUUGCUAAGCUAACACUCUGUUAGUGUGGUUUAAUGAUGUGGUUCUGUACUGACUGAAUGCCUUUUGUAAAGGCUCUGUUGGGACCUCAGCUGUUCCAAAAGAGGCAUUAUUGUGCUGUGAAAUUAAUCGUCGACACUGCGUGUUCGCUCUAAUUACUUGUUGAAGUGAUUGAAUGUGAAACGUU